AUGCGAAGCGCUCCGCCGUGUUCGGGUGAGGACUCCGCGGGAACAAAUUCCGCGGGGGCGGACUCCGGGGGGGCAGACUCUGCGGGAGCGGAGCGCGCGGAAGCAGAGUGCGCGGGGUUCGACGUCGCGCAUCAGCCGUGCGCGCGUGAAAUGGCUUUUGAGUUAAGGAGAAGCGCCGUUCGGAGCUCGUCCGACUCGCGCGGUACAGCAGCGCGCGCGUGGAGGGGGAGCGGGUACUUCUCGGUGCUGCCCGACAACCUGUGCGGCAAGAUCGCGUCGUUCAUCGUGCACGCCAAGAGCCUCGUCGCCUUCCGCUCCACCUGCUCGUACCUCCGGCGUGUGGUGCGGGUGGGCGGAGCGCUGGUGUUUCUGGCGGAAGAUUUCUCCCACAGGGAAGCAGCGGAGAGGGGCAUCACACAGGCGCUGCUGCAGGCCACGGCCGCCGUCACCUCGCUCUACGUUGAAGCUCCGCCCGCCUCUGACCCCUUCCAGGACCUAGCGGUGAUGACGUGGUGUCUGGCAUGCCGUGACUCUCUCGAGGAGCUCACCCUCGUUGACGGCACAGCAGAUGCCUCCACACGGCGCGCACAGGCCCUCGCUGCUGCCAUGGCUGCUGCUGCCGCCCCUGCUGCUCUCUCUGCAGCAGCAGCUCCUGAAGCAGCUAGAAACGGCACUGCUGCUAGUGCCACCAACACCACCACUGGUGCCGCUGCUGCUGCUGCUGGUGUUGGGUUGAGGCAAAGAGAGAGUGAAGGACAGAGCCAUGGCAUUGAAAACGGGGAAAAUACUGAUCGAGACAGCAGCGACAGCGACGGCAACGGCGGGGGCGGCGGCGGUGGUGGUGGUGGUGGCAGGAGUGGUGCUGCUGCUGCUGCUGUCACUGCCGCCACACUCCCAUCACCCUACCACACCAACUUCUACCGUGCAAACGAGCAGGCGUCGGCAGCCGAGGAGGAGGAAGAGGAGGUGGAGGAGCAGCCGCAGGAGUGGAAGCUGGAGCAUGCAUCACGCUGCCGCAACCUGCGCCAACUCUACCUCGAGAACGCCGUCUUCGACUGCGUCUCCACGCUCCACCGCUGCUCGCCCUUCGCCUCACUCCUCCACUUAACCCUCGCCAAGGCCGUGGUAGCGGGGGACAUGGUGGGGGAUUUGUUGGCGUGCUGCCCCCGGUUGCAGGAGCUGACGCUGCUGCUGUGCUCGGGGAUCGGCCCGCUUGACUUGAUGCAUGCGCCGUGUGCUGCGCUGAAGAGGUUUGAAGUCAGAUUGAGUAACCGCGCUGCCAGGAAGGACGCCUGCUUGGAGCUGCUCCGGCUGAAUGCUCCCAACCUCGAGGAUCUAGAGUUGGAGGUGGACUGGGCACCGGAGGGGCGGUUGGAGCACGAGCUGUGGGGCGACAUUCGCAUCGAGUCGGGGCGGCUGAGGCGCAUGUCUCUGGAGCUCGCUGCUGGCUUCCAGUUCCACGCCAACCCCGACGCCUUUAGUCAACUCACCGAGCUCAAGUUGACAGGCGACGACUGGAGUUGGGGCACAGUGCGAGCCAUCCUUGAUCUCUGUGCGCUCUCCCUGGAGGAGCUGUCCCUCACGUGCUACAUCGACCCGCUCACAGCGGCCUCCAUCGAUACUGCAUCGGCCUUCUUCUCCUCGCUGCCCUCGCUGCGCUUCCUGCUGCUCUGCCCCUCCGUCUACUACGUUAUGAUCGCCACGCUAGGGGAUACAAAAGUCAUCAGGGCCCCCAGCCUGGAAGAAUUCCACGUGGAGUAUCACAACCACGCCAUGGCAGUAACUGCGCCCAGUCUGGAGGAGUUCCAUGUGGAGUAUCACGACCAUGCCAUGGCAGUAACAGCGCCCAGCCUAGAGGAGUUUCACGUGGAGUACCACGAUCACGCCAUGGCGGUCAUCUCAUUCCUCACAGCCACCACCGCACUCUACCGCGUCCCCUUUCCCCCCCCCACACUCCAGGCGCCCAGCCUAGAAGAAUUUCACGUGGAGUAUCAUGAUCAUGCCAUGGCAGUCAUCGCCUUCCUCACCGCGCUCCUGAGGGGCAGCCCCCGCCUGCGGUGCAUACAGCCCAUGGUCACCGUGCCACAGGAGCCGGGGACCGACCUGCUGGGAGACAAGGACUUCCGGCAGGCCAUCGCCCGACUGCAGGCUGAGUUCCCCCGUGUCUCCUUCCCGUCUGUCUGGCAACUGACCUGA